AAACUUUCAAACAAGGUAGAGAGACGGAGAGACGGAGAGACAGAGAGUCGGACGGCCUCGCUGACUGAGAGAAAUCAACUCCUGAACCGCAAAAUCCAAACAAGAGCUGUUGUCUUUUUGGGAAGGGAAAAAAAAGGAAGUGGACAAAAGAGGCAGAGUCUCUGGAUUUUUUUUCUUCAGAGGGAAUAUCCUGCACCACAACUUUUGUUUUCCCUUUUCUCUCUCCUUUCCCUCUCCUCUCAGAUCUCGAUGCUUUAUUUUAGGAUUUGUGCACCAAAUCCGUCAGAUUCCUCAUUUGAUCCUUCGGUCGUUUUCCAUCUGAAACAUUCAGAGUUUUCCAGCCAACAUAAAGCAGAGAUUUUCUGGACAGAACGUUAACCUGAGUGGGAUGAAUUUAACUGAGCCCAACCUGCCUAGAGAGGCCUCCCUGCAUCCCAGUCAAAUGCCCUUUGGGGGCCGCUGGACGUCGGAGACCCCGAGUCCCGCUUCCGACCCUGAGAUGGAUUUUGAAGAGAGCCUGUCAGCAGACUGCAGUUCUCCCGACGCCCCUGGAGAACCGAGGAGAGGCGAGCCCAGGAUGGCUCUGACGGUCGGCUCCAGGGGACAGAGCCCCGACUUGACCCCGGUAGGGGGCCCGCUGGCUGGGGCAGGCGAUGGGAAAGCCUCAGGGGCCGAGCAGAGGAUCCGCAGGCCCAUGAACGCCUUCAUGGUUUGGGCCAAAGAUGAGAGGAAGCGACUGGCCCUGCAGAACCCGGACCUGCACAACGCCGUGCUGAGCAAGAUGCUGGGUCAGUCCUGGAAGGCCCUGAGUGCCACAGACAAGCGGCCGUUUGUGGAGGAAGCCGAGCGUCUCCGUGUGCAACACCUGCAGGAUCACCCAAACUAUAAGUACAGACCUCGACGCAAAAAGACCACCAAGAAGCUGAAGCGAGUGGAACCCGGGCUCCUGCUGCACAGCCUGGCCCAAGGUGGGGCCCCGGCUCUCGGUUUGGGCCCCGGCGUCGGCCCUUUGGCUGCUGAUGGCGUAUCUGGUGCUGCUGCUUACGGCCACCCGGCCACCCACACUCCCCACCACCAUCACCCCCACCAGCUGCUGCCGUCUCUGGGCCACUUUCGGGACCUUCCGGCCCCGGGGCACGCCGAACUGGAGAGCUACGGCCUGCCCACCCCGGAGAUGUCGCCGCUGGACGUCCUGGAAGACGGAGCCGGAGAGUCCGUGUUCUUCCCCCAACACAUGCAAGACGAGGCGGGGAUGGGAGGUUGGAGCGGUUAUCACCGCCUUCACCAUCACAACCCACAUUACAGCCAGCAGCACUACAGCAACAACCACAGUCACCACAACGCCAUCGCCGUCAGCGCCAGCUUAAACAUCGGGAUGAAUGCAAGUCUCAGUCCAAGCAGGACUUCCAGACUCGACUCUAGAAUAAGUUCUGUUGAAUCAAAUAUGACAUCAAGCAUUAGCUCAGUUAGCGCUAAGCUACCUCCUAGUCAUGCUUUCAGUCAUCAGGUCCCCUUAAGGACUCCUGUGAAAUGUCCUCCGCCUCUAGCCGAUUCCUCGUCCCCUGUUUCCUAUCCUCGCCCGUCCUUCAGCAUCCCUGAGCCAAUAAAAUGCCAACAGACACCUCUGAGCACAGCGCCUGUCGGGUAUCUCAACCAAAUGUAUGGAGGCACUGCGUCCAGCGCUACGCACUUCACUCCCUCUCAUCUGGGACAGCUUUCCCCUCCUCCUGAAACUUCUUCCUCUUCCUGCUCUUCCUCCUGCAUCCUCCCUGCAUCCACCUUCGGUCGCUCUGCACACUCAGACCAGUCUAGUCUGGAGGCCGGCGGCCACAUGGGCUCUUCCUCUGCUGAGUUUUGGUCUGAGGUGGACAGGCACGAAUUUGACCAGUAUGUCAACAUGGGACGGAGUCGAGAAGAGCCCUAUGGAGGGUGUGGAGGAGGGUCAAAAGUCCUGGGUGGGUGUAAUGCCAUUGGAGGCAGUAGCAGCAACAGCAUUGUUAGCACUAUUAUUAACAGGGACGUCAGCAGUAUUAUGAGUGGCGCUGGUGGCUGUGAUGAUGGAAGCAGCCCUCUGAUAUCUGCUCUCUCUGACGCCAGCAGUGCCGUUUAUUACAGCGCCUGUAUAACUGGAUAAAUACAGAAUCUCAUCUCACACAGUCUUCAAUGCAUCUGCAAAGAAAAUUUAAUAUCAAAACUUUAUUGAAGUCAGUGUCGAGUCAUCGCCUACUCUAAAACUGCUUGAGUUUGUUUUUAAAUGUGAAACAAAUGUUGAACUUUAUUCUGGGCCCUUUGCCAAAUCUUGGAUUAUUAAUUAUAUAAUUUGCAUUGUAAAAAGAUCAGACACGAAAAACAAAACGUGACAUGUUGCUGAAAUAUCUAAUCAAACACUAAAAGACUUCAUAUUUCCAACAAACGUUUUACUUUUUUUCUUUCUCUUGUGUUUUCAGCCGAUUAAUUUUGGGUAAUCAACAAAUCUGAUCAGCCAGUGGCGCUGCAUAUUGUUAUUAGACUCACUAAUGAUCAAAAUCUGUUGUUCUCUCUAUGUCGUUGUAGUUUGCAUCAAAAUGUACUUUAGAAAUUACUAUAAUAGCUAAAAGUAAACAUCCACUGACAAAAACGGCUUAACAUCCAGACGUAAUGGCUUUACUUGGAUGUAAGAUGGUCCACACUAGUGAAAGGAAUUGCAAGAAUCAGUCACCUCUAAGGGCAUUAAGUACCUGAAGUAGAACGAUAACGUCCCAAACGGUAUUUGGAGCAUCCUUUGGUGCCAUCUCCGUGCUGAAAGCUGAUACUAUUAAUUGUUUUAUGACAGAUUCUAUGAAAUCUACAAUAUUUUCAGUUAUCUGUAACUUUAAAUUUAAAUGUCAGAAACUGUCAGGAUGAGCCAUGAAAGGGAAUGAAAAUGAACUCAGUGGGGUGGGGGUUGCUUCCAGUCUCAGAAAGCCUGGCCGCUAACCCAGAACAGACCGCUGAUGUCUCCCACAAACGUUUAGCAUGUUUUACAAAUCAGGGUGGGUUUUCUUUCUCGAUGUCAUACAUCCCGUUCCCUUCUGCAGCUCAGUUCAUCCUAGGGUCUUGUGUCAAAUGGCAAAUAUAAUAUUUUGAGAUUUAAGACAUGUCUUUGUCUACCGGCAGGCAGAUAUCCUGUGAUGCUGAUUUCAAGUCUUGCUUUAUCUUACCACAAAUCCUCUGAUUUACCAAACAGAUCGUUUAUUAAAACAAAACAGUUUUUCCACGUUAGGUCUGCAGAUGACAGAAGCUCAGGUUCUAAAAUACUUCUGGAACACAUCAGAGAAAAUGUCUUCAACAAAAAGUCAUUGUCACUUCCUCUAAUUUGUCAGAGUCUACUUUGAAUUCUUGCAACUGGAUACGGGCAUACAUUAAGAUUUUUUAUGAUUGUUUAUUGUAUUUUUCUUUUGGAAACUAUAGGUUUCAUGUAGUCAUACUGUGUAUAUUGAUUCAGUGCUUUUUGUGAAAGAGAGAUUUAGACUAUGAAAUGUUCUCUUUGCACUGCAUUUAAUGUAUUAGCUGUAUAGAAGGUAUAAUACUUUUUCAAGAUGAAAUAUCUAUUGUUUGAAAUAUGUUUUUGUACAAAAAUGAUCAUAUUUUUCUGAAAGGAAGUUUUUGGAAUGAUAUUUACCAGCUUUCUUGCUGGAAGUAAGACCAACACGUUGUUUUUAUAUUUGUGUAGUAAUUAUGGUGCUAGCUAGCCUGGCUUGGCUAACGGAUGAAAACUGGAGAAAUGGCUGCACACACCUGUUAUAAAAUCCUAAAGUUUACCCUUCAAUAUAUACUAAACACUCAUCCAAAUACCAACCAAGUAUUGUUGUUGCAAUUUGUUGUUUUGUUUUUGGAAAUCAGGUUUUGCAAAAGUGCCUCUAUUUAGCUAGGCUAACGAUCCGCAACACUUUGAUACAAAGGUAAAGCAUGUUGAACUUUUUUUUAGCAGUUUUUGGCUUAAAUGUAAUUGAAUAACUUUACAAUUAUUGGCAUUACUUGAAAGAAAAGGUUAAAAUAUAUUUAUUGAUUGCAUAUCUACAGCAUUCUCUCUGUCCUGUAGUGGCUUUGUGUACAGGGAAAGAAAAACAAGAAGUCUCUUGAAAGAUGGAGCCUGCAUCUGUUCUGCAUUAGUCUGCUUGUUUCUUGUUUCUUGAUGUACAUGAAACAGUGGAACAAAAUCAAGUAUCUCUUACGGAGCCACCAGUUACAUUUGCCAUGCCAUUUCUGAGGUUUAAGACUUCUUUCAACUUUUCUUCAGCGAGAUGCUUACUGAGAAGCAGGAGUUCAAGUGAACUAGUAAAAAAUAAGUUUCUACAUCUGCAUUUGACAUUCUUCUCUGUUGACACCAAGCACUCUUUUUUUCCGUUUUAAUUUACUGUGACACAAAAAGACUUCAGAGAGAGACAGGCGUUUUUUUGGAAUCGUGCAAUAACUUUGGGCCUUUUGGUAAUAAUUAUCUAAGAGAAUAAAGAAAACACCCAGGAUUUUGGGAUUAAAUCAAAGGACAUUUUUCUCAGCAGUCAUAUAACAAAUUAAAACCAGUAUUUUCCCAGAAGUGUCACUGGGAUGCUUCUAAAUCUGCCUGACAAGAAUAAUUUUUAGAUUUUCUACAAAGAAAAAAGGUUUUCUUUAUGUGUUUGAAAACGGUGUGUUGGCUGUAAAUGGAUCUGUUCUGUUGUAUACAAUAAUUGUACCAAAUAAACACCUUUAAGAAUUUA